GUGAUACUAAAUAAUAUAUACAAUAGUUAUUAUAUGGGCAUCAUGUCGAAGAAUACGUCACCUAGCGAUGCCAAAGCACCUCAACAGCUGUUAUCUCCUCCGACUGUUCUUUGCUGGGCAUGCGGCGUGCUUGUCCAGAUACCUAUAGUCGGCGGCGAGCUGUCGCCGGUAUUUAGGUGCGGAUGGUGCGGCGCAAUCAGCGAGGCAGCACCGGAGGGCAACGUCCUUGCUCGACGUCGCCGGGGAGGUGUCUGGCGCAGCUUCAUGCGGCUUCUCAGCCGGCUAUCCUACAUCGUGGUUGUGUUCGUACUUUGCCUUAUGCUUAGCAUAAUCUUGCCUGGCAUAGGCUUUGUGUUGCCGCAGCUGUGCACCUCAUCCACAUCAUGGCUAUUCCACAUAACCAUCACCUACAUCCUGACCGCCAGCGUCAUCUUCAACUACUUAGCAGCCGUCUUCACAACUCCGGGCACGGUACUUGAAUGCUGCGACGGCCUGCCGCCCGCGUUUACCUCCCGCGGCAAGGACGAUGCCGACAUCUGCAGCCAAGAUGCCGCUCGCGCCCAGGAACCUGCCGCUGCCAACGGCAAAGCAGCGCUAACAGCAACAGCAGACAGUAGCAAUGCCGUUCUUUCCUCUAAACCCCCUGGCAUUGCUGCUGGCAGCGAGGGCAGCAGCAACACCAGUUGCACCCACCCUAACGGCAGCGGGACGCAAGCAAGUGGCUGUGCAUGCAGCGACUCCCCCAGCCGUACGGCCCUUGACGCGGCCUGUGCUCCCAGUGAUCAAAGUGACAGCCCCCGGGUUGGCGUUGCAUGCAACAACCCUGCUACGAACGUGGGCACAGGGGUCACCGACCCAGGGGACGGUGAUAGCCAAACAGCAGCAGUGGCGGCGGCGGCGGAGGAGGAGGAAGAGGAGGAGUCCUUGACCGGCGCCAUUGCAGCUGACACCAGCGGCAGCGGCGGUGGGGAGGGCUGCACGCCUUCACAUGCAGCAGAAGCAGGGGCAGCGGCGAGCAGCGGAGGCGAGGACGAGCGGGCGCAGCAGCAGCAGCAGUUGGUGCCGCAGUUUGCUUACGCACACCUGAGGUACUGCUGGCCGUGCGGCGGCCCGCAGCCCCCCGAGGCGCACCACUGCCACGUGUGCGGGCGCUGCGUGGUGGACCAGGACCACCACUGCCCCUUCAUCGCUAACUGCGUGGGAAGGGCCAACCAGCGCAACUUCCUGCUCUUCCUGGCCUCCACCGUGGCAGCCGUGUCGUACAGCGCCGUCAUGAGCGCCGUACUGCUGGCGGCGGACUGGCACCUGGCGGCGGCGGCGCUGGCGGAGGCGGCGGAGGCUCUGAGCGGUGGUGGCGGUGGUGGAGCGGGGCAGCAUGGCGGAGGAGGAGGCAGCGGAGGUCCUGCGGGGGAGGCAGGCGGCGGCGGCGGCGGGUUGGGGUUCGGAGCGGCGGUGGCGGGGUGGUGGGCGGCGGCGGCGGAGGGGCUGUGGGAGGUGGUGGAGUACGUGGCGGUGCUGAUGGCGCACAUGCCGCUGCACUUGAAGGCCUCCGCCUACGUCUUCCUGAUGUCGGUGGCCAUCCUGGUGGCGCUGGGGAUCCUGCUCGUCCAAUCUGUACGACACGCGGCCCAGGGCAGCUGCGGUCGUACGGCGGCGGCCGCUGCCCAGCACGCGGCCCGGCACCACCUGCACCCCGCCUCGGAUGCGGCGGCGGCUCUCCGGGACGAGGAGGAGGAGGAUGGGGAUGUUGAGGAAACGGAGGCUCCGGAGGGCACCGGCAGCGCCAGCAAACGGGGCGGCAGCAAGAGGAGCGGCAGCAGCAGGCGAAGCAGUGCCGCACUCACCAACCUUCGUCGCGUGUUUUGCGGCCCCGGCUCUACCUGCCCGGCCAGCAACAGCAGCAGCAGUAGGAGCGGCAGCACCCUUCAUG